CCCCUCUCAAGAUGGCGCUGCACCUGGUGCGGAAGGCGCUAGGCUGCUGCAGGUUCAUUCGGGAAUUUCAUGGCGGAACCGUUGCGGAUUCCGUCCCCCAGAGUAAUGGCAUGCAUCGGAUAUUCUCUGGCAUCCAACCUACGGGGAUCCCUCAUCUAGGCAAUUACCUGGGAGCCAUUGAGAGCUGGGUGAGUCUACAGGAAGAAUGCAGCUCUGUCAUAUUCAGCAUUGUGGAUCUUCAUUCCAUCACUGUCCCCCAAGAUCCAGCUGUUCUUCACCAGAGCAUCUUGGACAUGACUGCUAUCCUGCUUGCCUGUGGCAUAAACCCAGAAAAAAGCAUUCUUUUUCAACAGUCCCAGGUGUCAGAGCACUCAGAAUUAAGCUGGAUCCUUGGAUGUCUGGUCAGGAUGCCACAGUUAGAAAAUUUUCCCCAGUGGAAGACUAAGAAUGCUAGCCUGAAGCAAGAGGGGACAGUGGGUCUCUUCACAUACCCAGUACUUCAAGCUGCAGACAUUCUGUUAUACAAGUCCACACACGUCCCUGUUGGGGAAGAUCAAGUCACACAUAUGGAGCUGGUCCGAGAUCUAGCACAACGUUUUAACAAGAAGUAUGGGGAGUUCUUUCCGGUACCCAGAUCUCUGUUAACCUCUACGAGGAAGGUAAAAUCACUCCGUGAUCCUUCAGCCAAAAUGUCAAAAUCGGACCCUGACAAACUAGCCACCGUUAGGAUAACAGACAGCCCAGAGGAGAUCGUGAUGAAAUUCCGUAAAGCUGUUACAGACUUUACUUCAGCGGUGACCUACGACCCAUCCACCCGAAUGGGCGUCUCCAACAUGGUGGACAUUCACGCUGCCGUGACGGGACGCACAGUAGAAGAAGUCAUCCGCCAGAGUGCUGGUCUUGACACUGCUCGCUACAAAAAUGUGGUGGCUGAGGCCGUUAUUCAGAAAUUUGCACCAAUUAAGAGUGAGGUUGAGAGACUGAAGAUGGAAAAAGGCCACUUGAGAAAGGUCUUAGAAGUCGGGGCAGAAAAAGCCAAAGAACUAGCAAAGCCAGUGUGCCAAGAAGUAAAGAAGUUGGUAGGUUUUUGAUAGGACCACGAUCAAAUAAUCAUGAACAUCUCUAAUGAAGGCAGCUGACCUCAUACACAUUGUAUUGUUUGUGACCUUUUUGUUGGACCACCCCGACCUGCUGACUUCAGAUGAGGAAGCAGUGUUUUGUGACCUUAAAUAAAUGUCACUUUUCCAAAUCCCAUAAACAAAAAUUUUGCCAUCAGAACAAAAGAAAAAGAAAAGUAAAGCAAUAAGCAUGGCUCAAUACUCAAAAAUGUCAUGCUUUAUCUUAUUUUUUUUAGGCUUUUUGGGGUCAGGGUUCAAGUAAUCCUGCAGGUUGGGGGGGAAUUUUCCCCUACGAAUCUCCAUCUGGUUCAUUUUGUGAAAGUAAUUUUGAAUAGAUCAGAAGCAUAUUCUUGGCCUGACCACUUCCAUGAGGGUAAAGAGCAAGAGUUUGGAAGGUAGAAGAAUCACUUGGAAGGCAGAGAAAGUGAGGGAAUAAGCAUUUAUAUAGCACCUACUAUGUGCAGGCCACAUAUUCAGAUUAAAAGUUCCUGCUCUUUGCAUUAUCUAUGAUUAUUUGUAGUGCUUAGCACAAUUCUUUGCACAUAAUAAGAGCUUAAUAAAUGCAUUGUUCAUUCAUUCAUUCAUUCAUUAGAUUUAUGUAAUAGCUUUCCUCUCAAGGAUGCCCAGUUAAGCAUUAAGUAAGACACUGGAGGUCAACUUGUAUGUGGAAUAUUGUUCUUCAAGAAUCUUAUGGGGCAGCUAUGUGGUGCAGUGGAUAGAGCACCGGCCCUGAAGUCAGGAGGACCUGAGUUCAAAUCCGG